GUGAACAAAUGUUAUAUAUAUAUAUAUAUACACACACACACAUGCAUGUAUAGCACUUGUUAGAAGCAAAAACUAUAUCACUUGUUAUAACCAAAAAGUUAGGGAAGUUGUAAAACAUUAAGAGAUGGCUUAUCUUGCAGUCUUUCUGAUUCUAUCUCUUUCAAUCUCUUGUGCUUCUUCUACUUCAGUUGAGAAAAGUUUCAUGCAGUGCAUUUUAACCAUAGGUAGUAGCUUUUCUGAAUCCAGUGAAAACACAUUGUUUAUCAACUCAUCCUCCAUAUUGUAUCCACAAGUAUUGGAAUCAUUGAAACAAAAUCCAAGAUGGGUGAACUCAUCAAGCAAACCUCUUCUCAUUAUGACACCUUCUCAUGAAUCAGAAAUUCAAUCAGCCAUACUAUGCAGCAAAGAGAUUGGUGUGCAGAUUAGGGUUGUUAGUGGUGGCCAUGAUUAUGAAGGACUAUCUUAUCUUUGUAAGACACCCUUUAUCAUGAUUGAUCUCAUCAACAUCCGUUCGAUCGAAAUUAAUCUUGCCGAUGAAUCUGCUUGGAUUCAGGCAGGUGCAACGUUAGGUGAACUAUACUAUAAAAUCUCCAAAGCAAGUAAAGUUCAUGCAUUCCCUGCAGGUAUAUGUCCAAGUGUUGGAAUAGGUGGUCACAUCAGUGGAGGAGGAUUUGGUACCUUGGUAAGGAAACAUGGUUUAGCAGCAGAUCAUGUUGUUGAUGCUCACCUUAUAGAUGUAAAUGGGAAAAUUCUUGAUAGAAAAUCAAUGGGAGAAGAUGUUUUUUGGGCUAUUAGAGGAGGUAGUGCUACUAGUUUUGGAAUCGUUCUUGCAUGGAAGAUAAGGUUGGUUAGAGUUCCACCUACUGUUACAGUGUUCACCAUUCAAAAAACAUUGGAACAAGGAGGAACCAAGCUCCUUCAUAGGUGGCAGUACAUAGAAGAUAAAUUGCAUGAAGAUCUCUUCAUUAGAAUAAUUGCUAAAAACAGUGGUGCAAAUUCAAAGACAAUCCUAACAAUGUUUAACUCUCUCUUCCUUGGAGAAAAAGAUAACUUAAUCAGAAUAAUGAAUGAGAGUUUCCCUGAAUUAGGGUUGCAAGAAAAAGAUUGCAUUGAAAUGAGUUGGAUUCAAUCAGUUUCGUAUUUUGCAGGAUUCAACAAAGAUGACCCUAUAGAACUCUUGCUGAACAGAAUUGUAACCUUCAAAAGCCCAUUCAAAGCGAAAUCCGAUUAUGUAAAAGAGCCUAUACCAGAAACUGGUUUAGAAGGUAUUUGGAAAAUGCUUCUAAAAGAAGACACAUUAGCACUACUUAUAAUGGAACCUUAUGGUGGAAGACUGAAUGAAAUUUCAGAAUCUGAAAUCCCUUUUCCACAUAGAAAAGGAAACUUGUUCAACAUACAAUACUUUGUCCAGUGGGAAGUGAAUAGUAUUGAAGAAUCCAACAAGCAUAUAAAGUGGAUGAGAAUGCUUUAUGGAUACAUGACUCCUUAUGUUUCAAAGUCUCCAAGAGCUGCAUAUUACAACUAUAGGGAUCUUGAUUUAGGUAGCAACAAGCAUGACAACACAAGCUACUCAGAAGCAAGUGUUUGGGGCAUCAAGUACUUUAAGGGAAACUUUAAGCGUUUGGCACAAAUUAAGACAAAAUUUGAUCCCCAAAACUUUUUCAGGAAUGAGCAGAGCAUUCCUCUUCUGAAUUCCCUCCCCUGAAUUAACAACUUAAUCAAGCACUUUUAAUAUUUUUUUUUUUUUGUGGUGGCCAGGGUUUAAACCCCAGACCUUGCAUAUAUUAUGCAUUGUCCAAACCAACUGAAUUAAGCUUAGGAGGACUAAUUAAGCAUAUAAUUAAGCACUUAUAUAUAAGCGUGUAUCAUGUAAGUGUUUAUGUAUAAGUUACGUGUAUAACAAAAGAUAAAAUAAAGUUACCGUCUUUAU